UGGCAGUACUACACUACAACGCUGUUUGCUAUCUCCCACAGAACGCAAAGAAGAAGAGCUUGAACCAGUGCCAAGCUAAACACAGAUGAUCCUGCUCCUAAGCUUACUACUAAAGUCGAGGUCAUGACAGUGUUUGGGUAAAGUGGAACAUUGUGGACACCUUUCUUGAAUGGAGCCUAUAAAGGCACUGACAGCCGUCCUACCUCACUGCAGAGAGAAUAAUCAAGAGAGAAAUAUGGAAAUGAUGACAACUCCCUUGUCAUCAGCCGCUUGUUUAAACGUUAUAGAGAGAGAAAGAGACUGAAAUGAAGUGAAAGUGUUCCUCUGCUACACAGGUGACACAUAUAGAGCCAGGUCUAUAAGCCAAACUUAAAAACGUAAAGGGAAUGGCUUUCUUGGACAAUCCAGGUAUUAUUCUGGCCCACAUUAGACAGUCUCAUGUGACCAGUGAUGACACAGGAAUGUGUGAGAUGGUUUUAAUAGACCAGGAUGUGGACCUGGAAAAGUGCCAGCUGGCUCUGGUGCCAGGCAGCAGCUGUGGGUCAACUGGGUCUGGAUCCCUGAAUGAAGAAGGCAGCAGUGUGAAGGAUAAUCAUGCUUGUGACCUUUCCCAGUCCAUGGACAUUACCUCCAGUUGGGACUUUGGUAUCCGUCGCCGAUCCAACACAGGAAUCCAGCGAGACAGUCGCGAGAAACCAGGGGCUGCUGCCCAAAGGCUUGAAAGGCUCAGGAAAGAGAGGCAGAACCAAAUCAAAUGUAAAAACAUUCAGUGGAAAGAGAGAUCAUCUUCUCAAUCAGCGGAGGAUCUGGGAUCACUGUUUGAAAAGCGAGAUUUUAAAGACCGACCACGAACGACAGGGACUAAAUCCACUCUCUCAUUGCGGCUGGAGCAGUGUCCCCAACAAUUGAACAACCCUUUUAACGAAUACUCCAAGUUUGAUGGCAAAGGUCACAUCGGCACAACGGCAACAAAAAAAAUCGAUGUCUACCUCUCAAUGCAGAUAGCUCAGGAGAAAGUUCAUCCGAUGACAGUAGUGACUAUUGCCAACGCCCGUGUCCAUGAUCUUAUUGGUCUCAUAUGUUGGCAGUAUACAAGUGAGGGACGAGAACCCAAACUGAAUGAGAAUGUAAACGCCUACUGUCUUCACAUUGCCGAGGAUGAUGGUGAGGUAGACACUGACUUCCCUCCUCUCGACUCCAAUGAGCCCAUACACAAGUUUGGAUUCAGCACUCUGGCCUUGGUGGAGAAAUACUCGUCACCUGGCCUCACUUCCAGACAGUCACUGUUUGUCCGGAUAAAUGCUGCUCAUGGUUUUUCUCUGAUCCCUGUGGACAGUCGGAAAGUUACCAUGAAGGAAAUUCUACAGAAAGCACUCAAGAAGAGAAAAGGCUCACAGAAAGGCUCUGGGCCCAUGUAUCGUCUGGAGAAGCAGACAGAACCAAACGUGGCUGUGGACCUGGACUUGACCCUGGAGAGUCAGAGUACCCUAGAGUUUUGCCUGGUCAGAGAAAACAGCUCCAGAGGGGAGGAAAGUUCAGAGGAAGACCCUCCCAUUGACAUCACCACAGUCCAGGACAUGUUGAGCAGUCACCACUAUAAGUCCUUCAAGAUCAGCAUGAUCCACAAGCUUCGCUUCACUACUGAUGUCCAGCUGGGUAUUUCAGGGGAGAAGUUGGAGAUUGACCCAGUUACCAACCAGAAGACCAGUACCAAGUUCUGGAUUAGGCAAAAGCCCAUCUCCAUUGACUCUGACCACCUCUGUGCUUGUGACCUUGUCGAGGAAAGGAGCCCAAAUCAUGCAAUAUUUAAGCUCACUUAUCUGAGCAACCACGAUUACAAGCCUCUCUACUUCGAGUCUGAUGCUGCAACUGUCAAUGAAAUUGUGCUUAAGGUGAAUUAUAUCCUUGAAUCUCGAGCCAGCACCUCUCGAGCUGAUUACUUUGCUCAAAAGCAGCGGAAACUGAGCCGCCGGACCAGCUUCAGUUUCCAGAAAGAGAAGAAGACGGGCCAAUAGCCGUAAACAAAGUGAAACUUAUCAGGAGAGGGAGGCACAAUGGUCCUAAAUGCAGCGUCAGGCUGAAGACAUACCCGGAGACAGAGAAGACCAUCACGUCAAGUGGACAUUUCUCAGCCUAAAAUGAAAGUCUGUGAACAAAUUGUAAACGAGCAAAGACAAAAAGGACUGGGACAAGUUAGCUGACAUCAGCUCUAUUUUAUUUACUGCCUUUACACUUUAACGCCAUCCUCCAGGGUUGGCUUUGUACAGCUUUAGCAAAGAAAUCAAUGCUACCUGCUACAUUGUUGCUUCUGUCCUCAACCUUUAAUAGUUUUAACACAUUUUUAUGUAUUGUACAUAAACAUUUUACAUUUAGGGCGAUGACUCCUGAUGAUGAAAUAGCUGGCUGUGAAAUAUAAAAAGAAACCACACAUCA